AUGAAGUGGCUCCUGCUGGCCCUGCUGUGCCUCCAGCUCUCCGAGGCCAUGGUGAGAAUCAAGCUGAAGAAACUGCCGUCUAUCCGGGAGGAGAUGAAGAAGGCAGGAGUGCUGGAGGACUACAUGAGACAUAUACGUGACCCAGGCAGGAAAUACCGCUUCAAUGAGGACUCUGUUGUGUACGAGCCAAUGACCAACCACCUGGACUCCUCCUACUUUGGGGAGAUCAGCAUGGGGACCCCUCCGCAGAGCUUCCUGGUGCUCUUCGACACCGGCUCCUCCAACCUGUGGGUGCCGUCCAUAUACUGCCAGACGGCAGCCUGCACAAACCAUGCGAGGUUCAACCCCAGCCAGUCCUCCACCUUCACCAACAACGGGCAGAGCUACACGCUCUCCUACGGGAGCGGCGCGCUCACCGUUCUGCUGGGAUACGACACGCUGACSAUCCAGAGCAUUAGCGUCACAAACCAGGAGUUUGGUCUCAGCGAGGAUGAGCCAACGCAGCCCUUCUACUACGCCAAUUUUGACGGGAUCCUGGGCAUGGCCUACCCUUCGCUGGCAGUGGGAGGGGCGCCCACCGCUCUGCAGGGCAUGCUGCAGCAGAACCAGCUCACCGAGCCCAUCUUCAGCUUCUACUUCUCUCGCCAGCCCACCUAUGAUUAUGGGGGAGAGCUCAUUCUUGGAGGAGUUGACACCCAGCUCUUCUCUGGCGAGAUUAUGUGGGCACCGGUGACUCAGGAGCUCUACUGGCAGAUCGCAAUCGAGGAAUUUGCUAUUGGCGAUUCAGUGACGGGCUGGUGCAGCGAGGGCUGCCAGGCCAUCGUGGACACCGGCACAUUCCUGCUCACAGUGCCCCAGCAGUACCUGGACUACUUCCUUCAGGCUGUGGGUGCUCAGCAGACCAGCUAUGGUUAUGCAGUUGACUGCAACGAGGUCCAGAACCUGCCCACUAUCACCUUCAUCAUCAACGGAGCUCAGUUCCCGCUGUCCCCCUCUGCCUACAUCACCAAUGACAACGGCUACUGCACAGUGGGGAUUGAGGUCACCUACCUGCCAUCCCAGAACGGGCAGCCGCUCUGGAUCCUGGGUGACGUCUUCCUCAAGCAGUAUUACUCUGUCUUUGACAUGGCCAACAACCGCGUCGGCUUUGCCGUGUCAGCGUAG